GGCCAGAGGCCGGCUGCCGCGGAAGCGCCGCCGCCGCCGCCGCCGCCAAAGGUGCCCGCGCAGCUCCUCCCGGUGCCCGGCAUGACUUGCAAGGGCUCGUCGAGCUGGGGGCUUUGGGUGGCCCCUUUAGCUGCGUUGCUGUCUCUGCGAGGUCUAGUGAGUCCCCUUGAGGUGUUCAUGAAUGCUAGGAGUGUUGAAGUUGCCCGGGGCCAGACAGCAAUCCUGCCCUGCACCUUCACCACCAGUGCUUCGUUCACUAACCUUAACGUCAUCUGGAUGGUCACUCCACUUUCCAACGCCAACCAACCUGAACAGGUUAUUAUUUACCAAGGGGGUCAGAUUUUUGAUGGUGCACCCCAGUUUUAUGGGCGAGUGGGGUUUGCGAUGACAAUGCCAACCACCAGUGCCUCCAUCUUCAUUAACAACACUCAGCUCUCGGACACUGGGACAUACCAGUGUUUGGUCAACAACCCACCAGACCGAGGGGGACGGAAUAUUGGCGUGAUUGGGCUCAAUGUCUUGGUCCCUCCCUCUGCCCCAAUCUGCAGAAUUCAGGGAUCUUUGAACAUUGGCAGUGACAUCACACUGACCUGCAAUUCUGAAGAAGGCAUCCCUCGGCCAACCUACCACUGGGAAAAAUUGGACAGUGCUCCCAAGCUGCCUCCAACGGCCACACAAGACCAAGUUCAGGGUACAGUCGUCCUACGCAAUAUUAGCACUGUGUCAUCAGGACGUUACCAGUGUGUGGCUUCUAAUGUUAUUGGAAGCAGCACCUGCUCUCUUGAAGUCCAAGUGAUUGCACCCCACCCUCGGAGCAUUGGCCUGAUUGCUGGAGCUGCAGCUGCCGGAGCAGUUGUGCUUAUUAUCUGCAUUCUCUUGGUGGCCGUGACAUUGUUUUACUGGAAAAACAAACACAAGGAAGAGGAGGAGGAAGAGAUUCCCAAUGAGAUAAGGGAGGAUGAUCUACCACCAAAAUGCUCCUCAUCCACAAAAGCAUUCCACGGUGAUGCUUCCUCAUCAGAGAAUGAUACUCUCACCUCUUCCAACACUUAUAAUAGCCGGUACUGGAAUGACCCCAAAGUAAACCAUGCCACAGACUCCUUCACUCGCCUCAACAAUGAUGCACGCCCAUCCUUUUCCCGCUCUGGAAGCACCAAUGCCCGUCCUGUCUAUGCCAAUGGAGGCCACCCGGCUCCCCCUCCACCUAAGACAUUGGUGGUGACAACCAAUACGGCUCCUUCUCCACAGGAGAUGGCCAGGAGUAAUGGCUCGGUGAGCCGGAAGCUAAGACCCCAGCACACACGCUCCUAUGCUGUGAGCCAGGCAACACUGGAGAGAAUAGGUGCCGUGCCUGUCAUGGUGCCAGCACAGAGCCGGGCUGGCUCUUUGGUGUAGGAAGUGGCCAUAGUUCUAUGGAAAACAAGAACCUAUUGCACUGAGUGGGAGGUGAAGACCUGGUCAAUACAAGAGACUCUACUCUUCCUCCCUGCAAUGAGCUGAAGUGGGAGAUCAAGCCUCUUCUCUUUGCUCUCUCCCACCCCAGUCAACUAAAUCCCACCCACUGGCGUGAUGAUGGUCCCUCCCUUGCUCCUGCACCCUCAUGAUCUCAGGGGGCUCCUCAGCUGCAGCUGGAUGUGCCAAGGCCAGAGGGAGGGCCACACAAGACGUUACAAGGGGAUGAUGCUGCACUUGGCUUCUGAGCUCUGCCUAAUGUGAAAAAUGAAGGCAAGGGUGUGACCAUGAGGAUGGCAAGAAAGGAUGGCUUUACGGAGCCUUACAGUUUGUGAAUGGGCUUCCCUUACAAUUGGGAAGGAGACAGUAGCAGCCUUCAGGCUGGUACAUCGGCCAUGUGGCUUGAAAAAGAGGAUGAAGUUGGGGAGAAGUGGCGACAAACUGCUUCGAAGGAAGGAGGCAGAGAAAGAAUCAUGAACCAAGCCAAAGUAGAGAGGGUUGGGGAGGGGGGUGGGAAUUGGCUUGAGGAUUAUAUUUUCUUCUUUAUUUCUUUCUUCCCAGCCUUCUCUCCUUCUCCUGCUUCUCCCUUUUUCCAGACUGGAUGUUCUUUUCCUGCCCUGCGCAUUGGCUUCUUGAAUGCUUCCAGCACUCCCUGUCACCUCCAUGGAAACUGCUGUCACACUGGCAUUGCUCCCUGAGGAGCUGCUUGGCUGCUGCUACCGCUGCUUGCUGUUGUUGAGAAGGAGGAGUUUGGGGAGGGAAUGGUUGCGGGGUGGAAAGCUGGAGCCUCCAUUGCUUCUAAGAGCUGCUGUGUUUUCCAGGCAUGUGGCUUAAACCAUUUUUGAAGAGCUUGGCUUCCAAACUUUGGCAUUGCAUGACAGGAUUUCUCCCAUAGGGCUGUUCUCGUGGUUGGCCUGCAUGGCCAAGCUGAUGGUUGUUGAGCAUUCAUGCAUUCGAGGCAUCAAAAAUUUAACUGUUCCCUUACUGGAUAUUUUUGGGGCUUGUUAGUAGUACUGAAAUAAUUGUUUGCUGUCAAGUCAAUUCUAGCAAAUGGGCAACCCUUUUCAGGGUCUUCUCAGG